UCCUGUAGCCCGGUUGAGGAAGUGAAUUUCGCUGACAGGGCUGGGUUCAGUUAGGGAGAGGCGAACAAAACAUCUUCUGCGGGGGACUAUAAAAACAACACACCAAGAAGAGACGCGAGGAGUUACUUGUUGAACCAUAGUAAAGCUAAGGUGUACAGUCAUCGGUGAAAUCGUGCCCCCCUGCCCCGCUGAGACGCCGCAGACAUGAAUGACCAGCAGCUGGACUGUGCCCUGGACCUGAUGAGGCGUCUGCCUCCUCAGCAGAUUGAGAAAAACCUUAGUGACCUCAUUGACCUGGUGCCCAGUCUGUGUGAGGACCUCCUCUCCUCUGUGGACCAGCCCUUGAAGAUUGCCCGGGACAAGGUGGUGGGGAAAGACUAUCUGCUCUGUGAUUACAAUCGAGAUGGCGACUCCUACAGAUCCCCGUGGAGUAAUAAGUAUGAACCACCCAUUGAAGACGGUGCAAUGCCUUCAGCUCGCCUGAGGAAGCUCGAGGUCGAAGCCAAUAACGCCUUUGACCAGUACAGAGACCUGUACUUUGAGGGUGGUGUGUCCUCUGUGUACCUCUGGGACUUGGAUCAUGGCUUUGCCGGAGUUAUUCUCAUCAAGAAGGCCGGGGAUGGAUCCAAGAAGAUCAAAGGGUGUUGGGACUCCAUCCAUGUGGUGGAGGUGCAGGAGAAGUCCAGCGGUCGUACUGCUCACUACAAACUCACCUCCACCGUCAUGCUGUGGCUCCAGACAACCAAGACCGGCUCCGGCACCAUGAACCUGGGCGGCAGUCUUACAAGACAGAUGGAAAAAGAUGAGACGGUUGGAGAGUCCUCACCCCACAUCGCCAACAUUGGCCGCCUUGUCGAAGAUAUGGAGAACAAGAUUCGCUCCACACUGAAUGAAAUCUACUUUGGGAAGACCAAGGACAUCGUCAAUGGCCUAAGGAGUGUUCAGACUCUGGCUGACAAGUCAAAGCAGGAGGCUCUGAAGGUCGACCUGAUGGAGGCGCUCAAACGCAAACACACCAGCUAGAGUCGCUACGGUUUUUUGUUUCUUCCUUCUGUCUCUCACUCUCUCCGCCUCAUCUCCGCCAUCUUUUCUCUGUUUCUCUACUUCUCUCCCUCCAAGCCUGUUUCAGUGCUGCACUCUUGUUUAUUUGUGGAAAAACAAAAAAGGAUAAAAUGCAUAGCUUUUUAUUGGUUUUCUUUGUCUGUCUGGUUUUGUUUUCAUGCAUCUCAUCUGCCAUGAAGUCAUUCACUCACGCUCCCUGUCUCUCUUCACCCCUCUCUUCUCUCCCAUGUUAUAAAUAUAAUAAUAGUAUUGCCAUGGUUAAUGAUAAUCUUACAGUGUGAGGGUCAUUGUAGUAAUAAUCCCGGAUGUUCUCACAGCUCAUGUGUCCGUGGUCAGUGUCAAAUGAGCGAUUUGGGUCCUGAGUCGAGGAAACGGACAUGUCAUUUUUAUGUACAUCAAAUUUAUUUCAAGCACCUACUUUUGUCUACGACACCCCCCUGAUAUAUUUGUAUAAAAUUAUUACUGUCGGUGUAUAACUUUCAUUCUUAUGGUUAAACGGUGUAACCACGAGGGCGGCCUUCGGUUUGUGUUGCAAGCUUUUUAGGUUUUUUUCCCACUCUGUCCGCAUGCAUGUGAGCCUGUGUGGGGCUGCAGUGAGUGGAAAUGUGGACUUAUCAAACAUGGGGAUGGACUGUUAUAAUCACCGGGUGAUUACACCCACGUCAACCCAACCCCCCCCCCCCCCACCCCUACACUGUGUAUAACAUGACAUGCCUCUCCCGUCUGUUCAGCUAAUUCAACUCUUCUCUCUCGUCACCUAUCACGUCAUUGUUGGGGGUCACAGUUUGUCAUUGUGUCUCAGUGGAAACCUUUGUCUGUUUCCAUUUUGGAGGGGAAUCUUUUUGUUGUAUUUGUUUUGUUUUUAUUUUGUAAAGCUUAUGAUUCAUAUUGUAUUAGAGCCUCCAGCAACAAUAAAAACUGUAAAAAGCUA